GUGGCUCCCGCCCAGAUGUCAGUUUAGCGGGACGCGCCACUCGUGCGGACGUCAAAAUUGUUCUCGUAAUGUGAAACGAAUACGAACAAUGUUUAGUGCGAUAUCUGGAUUUGACGUUGUUUUGAAAUAGAUCGCGCGUGUUAAGUUUUCGAGUUUAUUUUCGAUGAGUUUUCUUUUAACCUGAAAUUGGUACUGAAAGAUUGCGAUGGAGACAGACAAGAUGUCAACAGCAUCAUCAGUGGGUGCUGAGAGGAGGCCCUUGCUGCAAGCGUUAGUGCUGGAGAGAAGGAUCCUCUUCGCCUGCACUGUUCUCGUUGGCUUGUCAACAUUUGUAUGGAUAACUGCUGUAUGCACCGAGAAAUGGGUGCAUAUUUAUAGUCCAAAUGGUAUAUAUCUACCAACCAGGGGAGAAUAUUUUAUGUGGAGUAACUCUGGUGUAUGGGAAAUAUGCAGAUACGUAUUUCGUCCUACGCUUGUUCCCGAGGCAGUGAAUGCAUCAACACCAAGACCUAUUGAUGUUACAGGAUUGACAGGGGAAUAUUAUACAAACUGCACGAACUACUUAGCACAGCCUAUUAUGAAGAAUGGAAAACCAGUAGAUCCCGCUUAUGAUAUUGAUGUUGCUAACUAUGUUCGAACGAUGAUAUCAUUCGGUAUCAUAAGUUUGUUCGUGAUGGCUAUGGGCUGCGGCUUCUCAAUCUACACCUUCCGCAACCCAAGAUAUAUGUUCAAGCGUCUCGCAGCUGGCAUACACUUUAUAAGCACUUCCUGUACUUUUGUAGUGGUGCAAGUCACAAUGUCGUCUUUGGAUCACAUGCAGAAGAACGUGAAAUAUAUUUAUCCUGAACGUGCCUCUCACUACUUCCACAUAAGUUACUUCCUGGCGUGGUUCGUUGUCCUAGUGAACUUCUUCGCAGCGGCGUCCUUCCUCUGGUAUUCCCGUAAAAGGAAAGGUGAUAAGGCAGCGACCGAUGAACUUGCAAUGGCGGACGAACCUACGAUCAUAGGUCGAUGACCUUUCAGUCUUUUUCUCACGGUCCAGGUACAAUGGACAUUUCCACUACUCCCUAAACUCUGCUCAAACCAGACCAAAGAUCUGCGAAAAUGUCUUCCACAAACGCUAGUUUUAAUCCAACAGCUUUUGGCUUUUUUUCAAUGCUCGUUUAUUAUAUAGGUAUUUGAAAUGUAAUAUCUCUUUAUCAAGGUCUUUUUAUUAUCUAUUUAAAUAUAAUAAAUCUUUUUGUCUAUAAUCUUAUUCUUACUUACAAUAUACAAAAUGAAGCAGCUUCAUUCAGGUCAUAUUUAAGUCCUUUCAGAGAAUUUAAUGGAUAUCUUCUAUUAGUAAAAUACCUUUGAAAUUAGCUGGAUAUUAAAGUAUUAAUUGUCCGAAAAAAAUAUUUGACGUGGAUUUCAAAUUCUAUAUAAAAUUUGCAAUGCAUUAAAGCUUGCCAUUUAUUAUAUUCUACUAUUGUUAUAUUCUAAUUAAGGUAUGUAUUAUUUUAAAUAAAAAAUAACUUUCAAAUUUGAUGAUUUUAUCUGAAGUUUAUUAAUUGUUCAUAAAAAUCUGUAUUUACUUUAAUUAUGAUAAUUUAUUGUUGAAUUUAGAAAUAUAUUCGAAGUGCUAAAUAUACCUAGUUUUAAGAUCUUGUAGUAAUUUUUAAAUAUCUUCGAGGUAUCCCUCUUGAUAACACCAAGUUGCUUGUAUAUAAUAUAGAACUAUAACUUCUACAUUUUAAUAACAUUUGCUCAUUUUAUUAUGGUUGUAGCUAAAAUAUUACACUUAAAAGCGAAAAAACCCUAUUUCCAAAAUCAUUAGCUUGUACGACAAUAGAUAUUGCGCCAAUAUCUAUUGUAAUGCAAGUAGCACCGAAGUGAUAAGUUAAAAAUCAUUGUCGUAUUUUUUCUAUAAAAUAAUAUUUUACAUAUAACAGAUGAAUAGAAGACGGAAAGAAGGGAUUUUCUUUAAUAACUUUAACAUAAAGGCGAUUAGAACCAAAAUUAAUGUGGUUCCUAUCAUAAUAAUUAGUUAAAACUGACAUAGUUUCUUGUCUUUCAUCAAGAAUAACCAUAAAAAAAUAAACGAAAUUCCUUACACCGCUCUAGAAAAAUCGUGGCUUCAUUAUUAUUCAUACUGUGUUACAAAUUCCAGAGAUAAGUGGCAAAAUGAGUCUGUAAGUUUGCAAGUAGUUCGAAGUACUCGAAAACAAGAAAGAUACGUCGAGUCCUGAAUAACAAAAAAGUUUGUUCUAAAUUUAAAAUUUCAGCUUCCGUCAUGUCAAGUAGGUGUUUCGAUGUCACACCUAAAAUAACAAAGAAAUGAAAUUCCUCUUUUCCGCAUCAUUCGUUUUGCGUAACAAGUUUUUUUUAAAUAAAUACUUUGUUGACAGUUGAUCUCUAUUAAUAUUCAGGGUAAGAAAGGUACCUUGCAAGGUGUACCAAGUAAAAGCUACAACCUUACUGCCUAAUGUAUAUUUAAAUACUUAUUAUAUAUUAUUUUAAACUAAGUACAAACUGUUUUCAUAUUAGUAUUUUUAGUGAUAAUUAUAGAAGCGUACUGUUUUUAAGCUUUCCUUGUAUUUUUAAGAUUUUAAGAUUAAAAUUGAGUGUUAUUCGAAUUCAAAACUUUUUGCAAAUUAAUAAUUGUUUUUAAAACAUUUUAACUUUUUGUCAAGUCAACAUGUAUAAUAUAGAUCUUUUUAUAUCACAUGCAUUGAAACAGCGAGUUUUGAUCUCUGUUUUGCCAGUCGAAACAAGACAAUUUCAGACCAAUGCGACUGUAUCAACAAUGGUACAUUCACACAAACUGUUAAAAUGGUAAAUUAACAAUAAUAAAAUGUACUUUUAUUAUCUAAUUUCUGAAUUAUUCUAUGAUUAAAAUAGUAUAAGAUAUUACUGCGCUAUUUGUCUGAAAUAGUCUUACUUCGACCGGCUACAGAAAUUAAAACUCGUUGUUUCAUAACAUGUGAUAUGAAAAAUACAGUGUGUACUAGUCACACAAUAUACUAUUCUAUCUACAGUUAAUAAUACCUUGUUUUUAAUAAGCGGUUACGGAACCGAAUAUCAAAAUAAUAUCAAGUCUUGGACCUAACUGAAACAUAGAUUAAAGAUUAUAACAUAUAUUCUAGUCAAGUUAAAAUACUCCAAUCGACAAUGUGCACUAAAAUUUAAUUUUUGCUGUGCCUUAUUGCUCUUGCUGAAUGUUUAUGUAUAGAUAAGGCUAUAUAUAGACUAUUAUAUUCAUAAGUUAAUAUUAGUGACGCCUAAAAAUAAUUUUCACUUUCAAAAUCUAUGAAAUAUUUUCAGAAUAUGUUACAUCUGUAUUUUUAUGUCUUCAAUAUAUGAUAUCACUUAUAUAUGUCAUUGACCUUUACACAAUAAAAUCUUUCACACCA